AUCCCAUUGGGAUUUUGAUUACUUUAAUAAUUUUGUAGUAUAUAUACUAAAACGAUCCCUAAACUUAUAACUAUUUUCAUGCGGGUCCUUGAAUCUGCUUUUUUUGAGUAGCAUGAAUGAAUCAACGGACUUGUUUGUGGGAAUCGUAGCAAUGGAGGAGGAUUGGGGAAAGACAGUAUCAGAGAAGGUUAUUUCGGCUUACAUGUCUCUCCCGAAGAAGGGAAAACCUCAGGGACGUGAAGUCACCGUCCUCUCCGCUUUCCUCGUCUCUUCUCCUUCCCAAGACCCGAAAGUGAUAGCGUUAGGGACGGGGACCAAGUGCGUUAGUGGGUCGCUGCUGAGUCCCCGUGGGGACAUUGUGAACGAUUCUCAUGCCGAAGUUGUCGCCAGAAGAGCUCUCAUCAGGUUCUUCUAUUCCGAGAUUCAGCGGAUGCAAUUGACUUCAGGUAAGAGUAAUGAAGCCAAGCGUCAGAGAAUUGAUAGCGAAACAAGCUCAAUACUAGAGUCAGCAGAUUCAAGCUGUCCUGGAGAAGUCAAAUAUAAGCUCAAAUCUGGGUGCCUCUUGCAUUUGUACAUUUCUCAAUUGCCAUGUGGUUAUGCUUCUACUAGUUCACCCUUGUAUGCCCUGAAAAAGAUUCCAUCAACACAAGUAGAUGACUCAUUGUUAGUUCAAGCUUCUGAUAUUUGCUCGUCUCGGCAUUCUGAUGUUCCAGAGAUAGGUAGUAAUAGCAACAAAGGUAAUGGCUCACAAGUAGCAGAUAUGGUGCAAAGAAAGCCUGGUCGCGGUGAAACAACACUCUCUGUUAGCUGUUCGGAUAAGAUAGCUCGAUGGAAUGUUCUUGGAGUUCAAGGGGCAUUGCUUUACCAAGUCCUCCAGCCUGUGUAUAUUUCUACCAUCACCGUUGGACAAUCUCUGCACAGUCCUGACAAUUUUUCUUUAGCUGAUCACUUGCGAAGAUCUUUGUAUGAGAGGAUCCUCCCAUUAUCGGAUGAACUUCUGACUUCCUUCCGUUUGAACAAGCCACUGUUUUUUGUAGCUCCAGUACCACCAUCAGAGUUUCAGCAUUCAGAAACUGCGCAAGCUACUUUAACAUGCGGAUAUUCCUUGUGUUGGAACUAUUCUGGCUUACACGAAGUUAUUCUUGGAACAACCGGUAGAAAGCAAGGCACAUCAGCUAAAGGAGCUCUGUAUCCGUCUACUCAAUCAUCUAUAUGCAAACAGCGGUUACUGGAGCUAUUCUUGAAAGAAACUCAUGGACACAAAAGGGAAUCUUCCAAGUCAAAAAAAUCGUACCGAGAACUGAAGGUGUGUGCGAUGCUGAUUCUUUUCUGCAGCUUUAACAUGCUUCCACUGGAACAACUAACAUGCUAAAGUGUAUAAAUCUCAUAAACAAAGCUACGGAAUAUUAUUUGAUGUCAAAGAUUUUUAAAGGAAAGUAUCCAUUCAACAAUUGGCUAAGAAAACCCUUGAAUUGCGAGGAUUUUCUGAUAAAUUAGACGUGAGGUAUGUCAUCCUAUUUACUCUCUCUUUUAGCGUAUGU